AUGGUGCAUGCCCAACAAAUUGAAGAGGAAAAGCUCAAGGAGAGGUCUAAGAGACUUAAGAGAACAAAAAUUGAUGAUGGUAAUUCUUUCUAUCCUAGGUCCGGUGGACGUGGUCUUUCAAGGUUUCGACAAAGGUUUCCUGGGCAAGGUUCUUCUAAUGCUCCUCCAAGGUCUAACAAUGAAAUGGUGUCUAACCCUAAGCCUCAAAGAGAGAGUAGUGGGAUUUUAGUGCUAGAUUGUGGUAAGUGUGGAAGAAAACAUGUGGGUGAAUGUCUUGCGGGUUCCAAUGCUUGUUUUGGGUGUGGAAAGAUGGAUCACAAGAUAAGGCAUUGUCCUCUCGUUGCUAAGAAUGAAGGAGAUAGUCGUCAUAGGGCUCAACCCUAUCCUUCAUCCGGUCUAAGUGGUUCGGGUGCGAAUGCUCCAAAGCAAAAUAGGUUCUAUGCACUUCAGACUUGUGGUGAGCAAGAGGGCUCUCCCGAUAUGGUUACCGGUAUGUUGAAAGUUUUCCAACUUGAUGUUUAUGAUUUACUUGAUCCCAGUGCUACUUUGUCUUUUGUGACGCCAUAUGUAGCUAUGACAUUUCAUAUGCUCCUUGAUGUGUUGUUAGAAACUUUUUUCUGUCUCUACCCCUGUUGGUGA